CUACACCAAUCACGUUAUUUCAGUUUUCAACCUUCACCGCCGUUAUCCCCUGUCGACAUCUCACCACAAUCCAACACCUUCCCCGCCUCUUUUACGACGUCGUUCUCCUCCACAAGAAAACCCCCUUUGUCCCCGGAAAUUUCCAAACCCAGUUUUUUCGAGGGCAAUAUGGACCAAGAUGUAACAAAGAAGUUCAAGGGAUUGGAUGGGCAUGCAGUACCAAUUGCAUAUGUAAGUUCCAAGGGAAAUUCUGGGCACCCACUUCUUGAGGCAUCCAAGAGUUUCGAAGAGAAUAAGGAUGGUUUGACAGGCGGAGCUGAUGGAAACACUCGAGCAGACCACCACACGCAAGGGAAAAAUGGGUCUGACAGCGUGCGAACUGCUGAUAAUGAUGUGAAAGACCAUCCCCAGGUCCAUCCAAACAAUGAAGGGGAAAUAAAUAGGAACUUCACAACCUCUAAUGAUCUUGUGCGAGUACCUAUUGGUUCUCCCUAUGAGAAAAUCGCAACUAGCACACUUUUCUUCUCUCCUUCUGCUGGUGAAAGGUUGCCUCUUGAUGUAAUGGUUCUGGAUGAAAAGCAAUUGAAACGAGAGAAAAGAAAACAGGCUAACAGAGAAUCUGCAAGGAGAUCUAGGAUGAGGAAGCAGGCUGAAUACGAGGAGCUGGUGAAAAGUUGUGAUGCUCUAAGCACAGAACAGAUGGACCUUAAAUCUGAACUAGAUCAAUUGAAAGUGGAUGCAGAAAAAAUGAGGCUUGAAAAUGCUGCAUUAAGGGAGCAGCUGAAAAAUGCACAGGUAAUGCAGGAAGGAGGGAACGCUUCCCCUAAGACUGAAGGUGACUUCACCCUGCCAAAUGAUGCUAAGAACAUACUUACUAAUUUGGGUUCUGUAAGCAGUAAUGCUCCGCCGGAUUGUGAGACACAUGAAACUUCUAUUUCUGAAACAAUUACCCGGCUCCAUCAGUUGUUGGAAUCAAGCUCUAGGACUGAUGCUGUUGCUGCUAGAUGAUCAUGAAGUGGUAUCUGCUUGCCGGCAUAUGCGGACACCUGGCUUAAUCUUUUGGUUUUCAAUAGGCAAAUUAACUGACGACUAGCAGGCUGCAGACUGGAAUUCUGUAGCUGGAGAGAGACAGAAAAUAGCGUUGCUCAGUUGAUUUUAUGUUUUUGCAUUUAGCCUUCUUUCAUUCUAACCUGGAAAAUGUACCAGUACCAUAGGCUAGGCAGAGAAUGGUAUCUAUGGUGAUGAGCGUGCCAGAGGAUAGGUAAGAGUUGAAAAGUAGCAAGUUAUUUGUAAUUGUUAAAACAGACCUGGUUUAGUUAUGAGAAACGUUUAGCCUUCAAGUUUUUUAUUCUA